AUGUCGUCAGCGUCGCACCGCCAGUCGUACCAGCCUCAACACGGGCACAGCAAUAGCAGCAAGGACAUGGGAAGAUCGCGACCGCAGUCUACAGCGCAGCAAUCUGUCGACCACGAGGAAGCUCGAAGCUUUGCGCUGCGAACCGCCUACCUCCACUACCUGCUGCAACCCAAAGCCAAACGAAAGCAAUAUGUCCCGGCUCCCAAGGUGCCCACUCGAACGCACACCAGCGUGGGACAGCUCGUGCAAGAUUUUGUCUCGGGAAACUCUACGAGCAUCAAGCUCCCGCACAACUUUGCUGCCGCUCUGCUUGACCGUGUUGGUGGUGUGUUGAGGGGUAGCGAGGCUCUGCCUGGUUACAGCGAUGCUGCUGUAAAGAGAAGCUUUGCCGAGGCGUAUACGGCCUUCUCCGAGAAGACGUUUCGAAAGACAAUUGAGAAAGAAAGGAAGUUCGAGCCCUUGGUCUUGAUCUUCUACUCCGCGGCGACGAAAGCAGCCCAGAAGGGAAAGGGGCCUGACGAUGAAUCCGACUCGUGGAAGCUACUUCCAGACCGCCACCUGGCCAUGUUUGUGAGGCUUGCCGCAAAUGUCAUGAAAGACCUGGGCCACGACCGAGAUCGACCCGAGCUUAUGUCUAGACUCAAAGAUCUAGAGAGCAAGCUUCUCAGAAACGACCAGGAUCUGGUCAGCAAUAGCACCGCUGGCACGGGCACAACAAUUGAAGUGAUUGUGCCUCUGAGCUAUGAGGUCAAGGAUAUGCCCAUGGUGCAGGUGGUUGCAAGCAUUUUUGGCCUGGGCCUCUCAGAUGUUCAGGCGGAACUCAACGCAAACCGGCAGGUAUGGACAGAAGAGGCUGCCCUCAAAGAUCUCAAAUCAUACCAAACUAGACUUAAUGCCAAUCUGCAUGGCACACUGAGCAGCCACGAUUUUGAUGUCGAAGAUGGCUUUACCGAGUGGAAGAAAUUCGAGGCUACACAUCUCUCCCAGAUGAUGAUGGAUAUUUUGACUGCCAAGCCAGAGUUGGCAAAAACCAAAACGGGGCCCAUCGACAAAUCUUUGCCGAGUCGGCCGGGUUCACUGUACGCAGAUGACCAGGCAUAUGCUGAUCUGAGCCGUGUGAUAUCUGACACAGAUUCAUCCUCCUUCGCCUUUGAUCCAUCCAUUAGCCUGAGCUCUUUAGCGAUUGGCGAAUCAAGCAGCAUCAGAACCGUAGAUGAAACGAUAUAUACCUUUACACCCCCUAAUCCAAGGGCGUUUUACAAAUACAUUCUCCAGCAGGCAAUGAUGUUUGAUCAGAUCCAUGCUGACCCCAACAUGGACUACCAGCCGCUGUCACACAAGUCCAUGGAGUUGCUGAACGAGCUCUCGGUACGAUGGCGCAUCCCGCAGUUCUCGCGACUCGUCGUUCUUCUGGAAGCAGCAGCCAAUCAGUUUAUUGAUAAGGAGAUAGCCCCUGAAGAUCUUGAUGCUGUUUUUGACAUGAUCAAGUCUCCGUCGCAGGAGCUCAAGAAACCACCUCACAUACAUCAGUACAACGCACCCCUGACCGAUUUCGACCCUAGCCGCUGGACGAUGCAUGACUUUGCCGCUUACCAGCACACUCUUCACAUUCUUCACGAUGCACUGUUGCAAGAACUUUACGAUCUCCUGGAAGGUUGCUACGAGGUCAAGCCUCCAAACAUUGGGCCUGUCAUGUACCUUUUAGAAAACCAUAUUGGCCAAGACUCGACCUUUUCUCCCCGACCCGAGGUGAUGGAUGAGUUUAGGAAGCUUCUGGCUGAGCGUUUGGCUCAAAAGGCUACGGCAAUCUACCACCAAAAUAUGCAGAAGCAGAUACCAGAGCGAAAGGAAGAGUGGGACUUUGCACACGUCGUCCAACUUGGCAAGGCAGUGACCAAGGUGUGCGACCGAAUUCGAAAGCGAUAUAAAAAGACUGCUAAUAUCAUGGGGGUCGACCCAUUGAGUAUUUUGGUCUAUGAGGUGUUUCCGAAGUUUGAGCAAGAUGCAAGCGCCAUCAUCCAAAUCAUUGUGCAAGGGGCCAGCGAGGGAGGUCAGGAAAUCGAGAUCCAGGACGGCUUUGAGCUGUACAAGGAGCUGAAGGAAAUCCGCGGAAUUCAUGAAGAGUUCCUCCCCAAGGAGCCUUUUGCCUUCAACAUUGAAGAUUUACUUGUCGACUUCGUGUGGCGUUGGCUAGGGUCCGCCGAGACUCGAAUGACGGAGUUUGUGGAUCAGGCAAUCAAGCAAGAUCAGUUUCAAGUUAGAGCAGACGGUCCAGACCAGAUCCCCGGGGAUGCGCAACGGCACAGUGUGUCCAUUAUAGACAUGUUUAUGCUGUUCAACCAAACAGUAGACCAGGUUUUCAAGCUAGAAUGGGGCAAUCCAGAACAUCAUGCCAGAUUCAUGACCGCAUUGGCUAGGAAUUUUUCUGCAGGUGUUGGUCGUUAUUGCGAAACUGUUGACCAGCAGUUUGCAAAGGAAAUGGACCGUCCUUCUGCUCAGGAGCUCGCUGCGCAAACCCAAACUACCCAAGAGAAGUGGAUGCAAUAUGCCAAAGAUGCAUGGAACAAUAAGGAAAAGGCUGAACCAUUUCAGUUCUUCCCAGAGUCUUUUGUUAAGCUCAACAAUAUCGAGUAUGCGAUGCAAGAGCUUGACAAGUUAGAAAAGACCAUGAAUGUUGAGGCAUGUGCGGCUUUACUAGAAUCGAAAGAUGGUCCUAAGAAGAAGACGCGAAAGCCAAACAAGUAUACGUUCACCAUCAAGGUGGUAGAGGCCGAGGAUCUCAAAGCUUGCGAUCCGUCAGGCUACAGUGAUCCUUAUGCGGUCUUUGGCGAUGAGUAUCAGAAGCGACUUCACAAGACACGUAUCAUUCACCGGAAUCUGAACCCUCGCUGGGAUGAGUCGUUUGAUAUUACAGUCCAGGGUCCAGUUAACGUCAUUGCGACCAUAUGGGACUAUGAUACUUUCGGCGACCACGACUACGUGGGACGAACUUCUCUCAAGCUGGACCCUAACCACUUUGGAGACUAUCUCCCCAGAGAAUUCUGGCUCGACCUGGAUUCACAAGGUCGUCUGCUGAUUAGAGUCAGCAUGGAGGGAGAGCGCGAUGAUAUUGUGUUCCACUUUGGAAAAGCUUUCCGUCACCUAAAGCGAACAGAAAGAGACAUGGUUCGAAAAAUUACGGACAAGCUUACCGUUCAAAUCAACGAAACCCUGUCACUGGAAACUCUUAGGAGUCUCCUGGGGUCUGGAGGUGUAGGCGCAUCAAUCACCAGUCUGUGGAAGAAGCGAACGUCUACCAAUACCCCUUCGACUGGCCCUUCCCAAGCGCAGAUUGAAAGCGCUCUCACCAAUCUGUUUUCCUACUUUGACGACAACUUUGCCAUUAUGAAGAUGACUCUAACAGACGCUACAAUGAUAGCCGUCAUGACUCGUCUGUGGAAAGAUGUUCUCAUGACGAUUGAGAAUCUCCUGGUGCCACCAUUGUCAGAGAAGCCGUCGACCCAAAAGCCACUCUCGCGAAGAGAGCUCGAUAUUGUGUAUCAUUGGCUGGAGAUGCUGUUCGUCUUCUUCAAUGCCAAGGAUGAGCACUCAGGCGAGCAACUCGGAGUUCCCGCUGAGGUACUCAAGUCGCCUAAGUGGCACGAAUUGGCCUCGCUCAACUUUUUCUACUUUGAAGAGACUAACAACCUCAUUCGGGAAUCGGAGCGCAUGGCUGCGGCCUCAGCACAACGAGCUCAGCAAGCUCUGCAGCAACAGAACCAGCCGCAAAGUCAGUCGAGUAAUAGGCUCGCGGUACCAUCAAGCUUGGGGGCAUCUCUGGGCGGUGCCGGCUCGUUUGCCAGCAUGGGCACCAUCAGGCGCGGUAAGAGCAUCAUGAUGAGCCGCAAUCUGGGUACGAUGCGUAAAGCCAAGGAGGCGAAGCGCCGCGAGAUGCAGGCCGAUGCCAGUGACGAUAUGAUCUUACGAAUCUUGCGCAUGCGUCCCGAAGCGGCGAACUAUCUCAAGGAGAGACAGCGUCAAAAGGAACGACAGGCCGCAACGGCCGCUGCGGCGCUGAUUGUCAAGAACAGCGUAAGCCAGGGCUGGAACUCUGGACCAGCCUUUUCUGGUGCGCCGUUUGGACGCAACAGCCUUUUGCCAAACAGGAGGUAAAGCCGGGAUAGAUGAAAGACGAAAAGAAGAGACGGUAGAGGGAGUACGGGCAACGUAUUGAAUGAUUUGGCUGGGAAAGAGAGGUGUGGUUUACCAAGGGGUUUUGUGAUGAAAGCAGCUCCAUCUUUGCUUCUGUACCUUGUCUUUAGUGAUUUAUUGACUGGCCCGGCGGGAUAGGCCUCAUCAGAUACCCUUAUGAGUGUAGGUAUAUACCGAGGUCAUAGAUUGAGAUGGUUUGAUUUUGCGAUUUGUUGAGCAUUUUGAGAUGGACGGGCAUUGCGAGCCGAGCGAGAUACUACUUAAUUUCAGCAUGUUAUGAG